AUGUAUAUUUGUUUAUUGAAUAAAUCUAUACAACUUUCUCGAGUGUUUUCCUACCCUGUAGUGUCGCUAACCGAUGUCACAGCUCAAAUAACGCCGUCAUCAGUCACGUCUCCCGUAUCGACGACUGCUAAAGUAUCCCAAGCGGCCGCCAAGACGACCCUCUCCGAACCUGAUGUAGCGUUCCCAGCGGUUCUCAAGGGCUCCACAAAACAGAGAGUACCACCCCCGGUUCCACCUCGCGGUUCGCCAAAAACAAAACGCGGAGGGGCAAAUUCGGGGGUCCUUGAUACCAAAGUAGCCGCGCCGUUGUCCUGUUGUUCGACACCACCGCCUCCAUUCGAAGAGGCGCCUCCAGCUAGGACGAGUCGGACUAACUCGUCCUCUACGACCUCGUCGAGUGCGUCUGGAAGACGUAGAGGUGCGUCAAGCGCUGCCAGCGUUAUGACGACCUCUUCCGCCUCUUCUUUGGCUCUGACGCCGGCAGCGUUGAGCAGUGCGAGAAGCAAUGAGGCCAGUGUAUGUUGGACGCCUCCAGCGUCUGUCGAAGGAUCGACGCCCACGUGGACCGAGGGUACCCCAAGUUUCACGGAGUCAAGUAGUAGUGAACAAGGAUACCCCUUGACCCCCAUGCGCGGUACCACCCCCAGUUCGGGGCGACGCUCCCCCCGCCCCGCACCACCACCGCGAGCCACACCCAUCAACUGUCUCACUACUGAAGUGACAAGAUUAUAACACAUUUUCGUACGAAAAUGGCAAGAUUUAUAGCACACCAAAGAAAAGUGAAAAAUUGUUUGUAUUUUCUUCGAAUAAAAGUAGAAAAUAUUUUAACAAUUUAAUAUGUUAUCUUUUACUUUUUUUUAAUAGGUUCAAUUUAAAUUAAUGUAUUUUGUUUAACUAACUAUAAGAUCAAAUGUCAGAUUUUACAUGACAAUAAAGCAAUUUUGUAAAAAAAGUAAUUUGAAUUUUUUUAUACUUUUAUACAAAAAGAAGUUUUUAAUGAAUAAAUUUUUA